AUGAACACUCUUCGAAGGGCAUCGCUCGGCAAGCCCGAGGAGGCUGGCAAGACAUGGCCUGCUAUCGCCAUCGGUUGCUUCGUCGCCUUUGGUGGUGUUCUUUACGGUUAUGAUACCGGUACCAUCUCUGGUAUUCUGGCCAUGCCAUACUGGCAGAGCCUCUUCAGCACCGGCUACAAAGACGCCAAGGGCCACCUGAACAUUACAACAGCUCAGGAAUCGGGAAUUGUCUCGAUUCUUUCCGCUGGUACCUUUUUCGGUGCUCUGUCGUCACCCUUCAUGACUGACUACAUCGGCCGUCGCCCUGGUCUCAUGAUUGCUACGUGGGUUUUCAACCUCGGUGUUUGUCUUCAAGUUGCUGCUACAUCUAUUCCCCUGUUCUUGGCUGGCCGAUUCUUUGCUGGUUUCGGUGUUGGUCAGAUCUCUGCUAUUAUCCCUCUCUACCAGUCCGAAACAGCUCCUAAAUGGAUUCGAGGUGCCAUUGUCGGAUCAUAUCAAUGGGCCAUCACAAUCGGUCUCUUGUUAGCAGCUAUCGUCAACAACGCAACAGGUGGCCGCAACGACACAGGCUCUUACCGUAUCCCCGUCGCCGUCCAGUUCGCAUACUCCAUCAUCCUCUUCGGUGGAAUGAUCAUCCUCCCCGAGACUCCUCGAUUCCUCAUCAAGAAGGAUCGUCAUGAAGACGCAGCCAAGGCCCUCUCCAGAAUCCGUCGUCUCACUCCUGAUCACCCCGCUAUCCAGGCUGAGCUUGCCGAGGUCAGGGCCAACCACGAGUACGAGACGAGCAUUGGAAAGUCCUCUUACCUCGACUGCUUCAAGCCUCCUAUUCUGAAGCGUCAGUUCACUGGUUGUGCUCUCCAGGCUCUGCAGCAGCUUACUGGUAUCAACUUUAUUUUCUACUACGGUACCAAGUACUUCCAGAACUCUGGUAUCUCGAGCGGUUUCGUCAUUUCCAUGAUCACUUCAGCCAUCAACGUCGCUUCUACUAUCCCUGGAAUGUACGCCAUCGAUAAAUGGGGUCGACGACCUCUUCUCCUCUGGGGUGCUGUCGGCAUGUGUGUUUCGCAGUUCAUCGUGGCCAUGGCCGGUACAUUCUCCACUGGCCAGAAUGAUGACGGAACCAUCUUUGUCAAGAGUCUGGCUGGCCAAAAGGCUGCUGUCUCUUUCGUCUGUAUCUACAUCUUCUUCUUCGCCUCCACCUGGGGUCCUUUGGCUUGGGUCGUCACUGGCGAGAUCUUCCCUCUCAAGACUCGUGCCAAGUCUCUCAGUAUGACCACUGCCACUAACUGGCUUUUCAACUGGGCUAUCGCUUAUUCUACUCCCUACCUUGUCGAUUACGGCUCUGGAAAGGCCAACCUCCAGUCCAAGAUCUUCUUCAUCUGGUUCGGCUGCUGUUUCCUGUGUAUUGCUUUCGUCUACUUCUUCAUCUACGAGACCAAGGGUCUGUCCCUUGAGGAGGUUGAUCAGCUAUACGAUGAAGUCAGUGUCGCUAGCAAGUCCAAGCAGUGGAAGCCUAGCGAGUCCUGGGAGCACCGCCAGAGUGUUUCGGGGGCAGAUGGCAAGAUGUUUGGUGGAAACGAUCACCAGGGAGAGGUUACUCACAACGAAAAGAACGAGGCCUAA